AUAUAUAUAUAUCCAGUGGUGGAUCGAAAUAUAUUUUUUAAUUAAUUUUUAAAAUAUUAUUAAAAUUUCUACACGUGUCCUGUUAUGGGAUGUAUGCAUCUUAAAUUUGCCAGCAGUUACUGCAUGUUGAUCCUUUAAGAAUCUAGAAGGCUAUAUAGACCCCUUUAAUGAGACACUCCUAUCUAUCUUUUUCACCAUUUUGAAAACAAGCCUCACAUAUAACGGGGGCCCUAACGAAGGUAAAUCAAAAAGGUCGAGCGAAAUUUAGUCAUCAAUAAUUUAUGAUAAUAGAUUCGGCUUAAUGCAGCCUCUAUUUCAUUUGAAAAGAAAACAAACUGAAGAGCGGUUUGAUGUGGCUUUCGACGAAUUAUGGAAGGCUGUUUGAAGUUAAAUCAGUAAGACUGGGCAUUGACAAUGGAUUAGAAUCCAAAGCCGAUUUGAACUGACCACGGCAACUAUUCCGGUUUUGCUAAACACAGUUAUGUGAAUAUGCGACACAUCAAAACAUAAUGAACGCGAACAAAAUUGCAGUUGGAGGAACCGCCGCUGCAUCUAAAAGCAACCGACUCCACUCAUUGUUGGACCAGCUGGAGAAAGUAUGGCCACUGGCAGUGCCUGAUCCUCCAAGCGACAAAGAUAUCGAGCACGUGAGGUACAUUUCUAACAAGCUCCAGCAACUACUCUCGUCGCAAGAAAAAUGCCGAAAAGAGCUGAUCAACAAAAACCCCAAUGGAGUGUACAAAAUGCUGACAGCGCUGGAGGCCACAUCAAAAUGGGACAUCCAGGCGACGUACAACCUCGUUUCUUGUUUCAACGAACUCCUCACUUCUGGGAAGAGGAUUGGCGCAUUGACAGACCACGAGUUGCCAGAAACAUUAUUCAGGACCUUGGUCUUGGUGACGUCUCGUGACACACCCAAAGAUAGUGCCAUUACGGAGGAGCUUGUCUUGAUAUUGCAUAUUGUGUUCUCGAAAAUGGGUACAAAAGACAAACGCUUCGCAGUGCAAGCGCGCAUGACGGGCGCGUUACAGGUCAGCCUGAACGUCGCCAAGCAAAACCCACAGAACUUCAAAGUCUUGCAUCCUGUGCUACAAGUGCUUAAGAUCUAUGCAAACAGCCCUGUUAACUGCAACAUAAUGGUGAAAGGUGGUGGAAUUGAAACGUUGAUAAAGAUAUUGCCAUUCUGUGGUCAAAAACGCGUUCUUUCCGCCAAAAUUAUUCUGGAAAUUCUGGCACUUCUCGUGAAGUCAAAGAUUGGAGCAAGAAGAGCGGUACUCCAAGGCGCAGUUCCUCUCCUUCUCAACAUGUUUGUAGAUUGGCAUCGCACUGAUCACAGGCAUAGACAGACGACCUUGCGGAAAAGCAUCUUAACUGUUCUAAAGAACAUCAUCAUGAUAAACAGUGGAAGGAAGGCACUGGCUCAGAUUGAUGGCAUGAAAGUUCUUUACAACAUUGCAAUGGAAGGGUUAGAAUGUAAAGAGCUAGAUGGAAUGAUCAAGCUGAUCAUAUUGAUUCUUCGGCGGUGCUUCGCUAGGCCUUACCUUCCUCUGCGCAGCAACCUAAGCAUUUUCAGUUACCGCGUCCGGUCCCCUCUUGAAACCGGAAGCAGUACUGAGAACUCAGAGGAUGAUACGGGCGUAACCGAGAGUUCCGAAGAAGACAUUUGUACUUUCAAAGCUACAGCUGAUUUUCAAAUUGAUGUCGAAGAUAAUGAUGAUGCAAAUGUUGAUGACGAAGUACAGAUGACAAAAGAUGACUUCGACAAGGAAACUUGUUUGGGGGGUGACCCAAAAAGACAACGAACUGACUUGGCAAUGUAUGAAGAAUUUAUUAAAGAAAUGUUUGAUUUCGCGGUUGAUCCGAGUGCCGAGUACACCGUCGAUGAACAUUUUGCAAACGAUUCUCUGAUUAGAAUUCCGACCGCGACGAUGGAGAGUCCAGCAAGUUUCUUCGGCUCUAACGACUUUUCGUCGUUUAAUCAAAUCUCUUCUCGGCGAAGCUAUUCGCCAAUCAAAAAGUCAACGAGCUUGGACAGUAACAGUAUUCUGUCAGAAAGACGAAGCGAGAACAAAAACAUUGUUUUUUCAAGCGAUUCAGAUAAUGAGGUUGAAAUAACCACAACAACGACACUGUUUGAGCCAGGGGGCUUUGCACCUGAAUCACCGAUGAUGUCGCCAGGGAGAACCAAGACUCCAAGUAUGCCCUCGAUUCCAUGCCAGCGGACUUCUGGGAAUCUUGACGGCAUUGACUUCCUGGUAACAGGCAUGCGAUUGCAUAGCAACUCCAGCUCGUCCCCGGCAUUAAAAGACUAUUUAAGCAACAAGUAUGCGGCGAAAGCCAAAUGUUUGGAUACAGACGCCGAAGACUUACCCAAGUCUGAAAUUUCUCGAUGCGAAAAGUCUCGCAGUGAUGUCGAUGCAUUGUCGGCCGUCGAUUUACAGCGUCAACAUUCGCUUGAAGGGUUUUCGUUUGAAAGAAAACACCUGUUACCCUUUGUAAAAGAGGCCUCCCCAAGCGUGUAUGGGCAUCAUCCUGUGGUGGACCCGGAGCCGUUACUUGAGAAGAGAGUUGGUAUUCACAGGGUGAUGAUAUUUCACGACUUCUAUCGAUUCAUUUGCCCAGAGAAGCUCAUAAACCGUGUUGUGUUUGAUCUCGAUGACUUGGUUUGCGACGGCCUAAAAGGUUCAUCCAAGCAAUCCAUUGCCAGCACGUAUUUGCUCUCGCCAAAGAGGAUAGGUCUGACCAGCAAGAGGUCGUCAACCAAGUUGAUUCUACUGAUUUGUUUUACCUUCAGGGUGAUGAUAUUUCACGACUUCUAUCGAUUCAUUUGCCCAGAGAAGCUCAUAAACCGUGUUGUGUUUGAUCUCGAUGACUUGGUUUGCGACGGCCUAAAAGGUUCAUCCAAGCAAUCCAUUGCCAGCACGUAUUUGCUCUCGCCAAAGAGGAUAGGUCUGACCAGCAAGAGGUCGUCAACCAAUAUUUCAAACGUCAACGAAGACACACUGUCAGUUCCCUCGCUUCAGUUUGAGUCUCGUUUUGAAUCUGGCAAUCUGAGGAAGGCCAUACAAAUUAGGCCAUUUGAAUACGAUUUGAUCCUCAACGCAGACACCAAUUCAGAUCACCACUGCCAAUGGUUUUAUUUCGAGGUUUCAAAUAUGGAGGCAGAUGUUCCCUAUAGGUUCAACAUUAUCAACUGCGAGAAAUUCAAUAGUCAGUUUAAUUUUGGAAUGCAACCCGUAAUGUACUCUACAAAAGAAGCAGAAGAUGGCCAGCCUGGAUGGGAGAGAACUGGCUCAAAUGUUUGUUAUUACAAAAAUUUCUACUUGCGGAAGAUAGAUGGCCUUUCUGGAAAUAAGUAUUAUUUUACAACGACAUUCACGAUUAGAUUCCCGCAUGCUGACGACGUUUGCUAUUUGGCCUAUCAUUAUCCAUAUACCUAUUCGAUGCUGAAGGCCCACAUUUCCAAGCUGGAAGCAAGCCUUGCCACCAACGUAUACUACCAUAACCAGAUUCUCUGCUUCACGUCUCAUGGGAAUGAAUGUGAUAUUCUAACGAUCACCGAACGGCCAAAAACUGACGACCCGCAAAGCAUUAUUGCAUUUCGUAAAAGACCAUACAUUGUUUUGACUGCCAGAGUUCAUCCGGGAGAAUCAUGCUCGAGCUGGGUAACCAAAGGGAUGCUUGAUUUCUUAAUGGGUAACAACGAACUGGCCAUACGAUUAAGAGAAACAUUUAUUUUCAAGAUCGUUCCAUUCCUCAACCCUGAUGGUGUUAUAAAUGGCAAUCACCGCUGUUCUGUCUCCGGGGAUGAUUUGAAUAGACAAUGGAUUGCGCCAGACCCUGUCAAUCAUCCUACCAUUUAUCACAUCAAGGGUUUCAUUCAUUAUCUGAAUUCGAUCAACAAAUCGCCUUUGGUUUACUGUGAUUUCCACGGUCAUUCACGAAAGAAAAACGUCUUUAUGUAUGGCUGUAGUGUGGCUGCAACAAACGCUGCGAGGCAGCAAGGCAACAGUGAUACCGUUUAUUUCAACGGGGCUGAGGGGGAGCUGAAGACUGAGGCUAAUAAUUUGGAAGACGUCAAUGCGAACGUAGAUGAAGACACAGGGUACAAGGCUCUUCCAAGAAUAUUGAACGCCAUUGCUCCAGCAUUUUCAAUUCAAAGUUGCAAUUAUAUAAUGGAGAAAUCAAAGGAGGCCACGGCAAGGAUUGUGGUGUUCAAAGAACUUGGGGUUGUCAGAAGUUACACUAUGGAAUCGACAUAUUGUGGGGCAGACCAGGGUCCUUAUAAGGGAAAUCAUUUUGGGACACGCGAACUGGAAGAAAUGGGGAAGAAUUUUUGCAUCGGUCUUUUAAAACUAAGUCAGUCAUACAGUAUAAAACUGCGACAUGAAUAUUUCAGGGAGCCAUGUUUUAAUGCAGAAGAGAGAGACGACGAAAAAUCGGAUUAUAGCAUUAAAAUCGAGGGUGCUACAGCAGAAAGCAAUGGAGACUGAGAGCAAGCGGCAGGGUUCUUUGAAGACUCAACUUCCCACGACGACGACUUGAAGUUGUAAACAUUGCCUCGUGAGUAACGUUUCUGUUCAGCAUACUUCGGAUAUUAUUUGUAAGAUUUAGUUCAUUUAUGGUUCAAUAUCUAUGGUUUAUACAAAACAGUAAGCAUUUAAUUUUAUUCGCAACCGUUCAGCAGGAAUUUAAGUUUAGAAGUAAGUUUAAGACAGGCUAUUUAGGCCCUACCUGCACAGGUAUCGUCUUGCUUUGCGUACGAGAAAGCUCAAACUUUUGGUCUACCUACUUUCAGAUUGCACGAUUCUUCCUUUUACCGAUCUUCUAGCAUAUUGAUAAAAGAACAUGUUUAAUUUGCAAAAGAUUUAUACCAACAUAAUAUUUACAUAAAAAAUAAUCUUACCUCCUUCCCCAUGCUGGGAAAUCCCAUUUUAGCGGUUGAAUAAGGUGCAGCAAGGCUUAUAACAUUGAGAAUGGGGAUACUGUCAAAUAAAAUCGCUUUGAUUUUCUGACCGUGUCGCUAUUUAUGCAAUAUCGCUUAUAGAGCAAUAAGCUCAAACAAUUCUCCAAUCAUUGGAUGGUUUUUUUGUUGUUUUUUUAAUUAUUUGGGGGUAUAAAUACCUGGCUUCCUUGCACUUGCCAGCUCUCCUCGCCAGUUAUCCUUGCAAGUUAUCCCCGCAAGUUAUCCCCGCCAGUUAUCCCCGCCAGUUAUCCCCGCCAGUUAUCCCCCCAGUUUUCCUCGCCAGGUAUACUAAUCAGCUUAAAUAGCUUAGAAUCUUCAACGCCUGUGUAUUUUAAAAACGUUUGGUUUAUAUUAUUUUUGUAAGCGAUUAGAUAGAAAAAUCAAACAGCAAAUUACUAUGAUGCAUGAACAUACACUUUUAUACAUUUCAAUUUAGCAUAGAAUUUAUCAUGAUUUAGAAAGUUAGUUCCUUUUAA